AGACUGGCUUGUCUUUGUGGGUGGGGACGGUCAUUGUCAGCUUUCUGGACACACAGAGGCAGACAGCAUGGACUUCCUCCGGCUACAUCUCCCUGGGCUGCAUCAGGCCUUGAGGGGGGCACUGGAUUCCCUUAGCACCUUUGUCUCCUACCUCAUGGGAGAUGCAGUCCCCACUGUAGAGAGGGAGGCGCGUGCAGCUGAGGAAUUGGAGGAGGCUGUGGGAAGACCAGGAAAGAUUGCAGAGGAGGGCCAGGAGGCCCUGGAGAGCCUCAGAGGUAGCCAAAGCUGCGGAGAUGGAGGGCUGAGAAGACCUGGAGAGGCUGGAAGAGGACCAGAGGGAACCUCAGCUGCAGAACAGCCCUGGGCCUGGGGAGACAGCAGCUACCCUGGGUCCCAAGCAGAUAGGCAGGACAUGGGGGCCUGGGAGGUAGCCAAGACUGCCAGGUGCCGGGAGCCUAGAGCCCUCUUGGAGCCCAGGAAGAAGUCUGAGGCAGGGUCUGGAGCUCACCGAGACAGGAGCAGUCAUACCCUAGAAAAGCAGGAGCCUGAAGAGCAGGAAGUGAGCAGAGGGGAGACGCUGAGAACCUGGGAACAGGAGGAGGAGGAGGAAGAGGUCAAGGCGACAGAGCCAGGGAUGGCCAGAGGGGCGGAGUCGGAGUGGGCCUGGCACAGGGAGCCGGAGGGGAAGGCUAGCACUGACAGGCAAAAGGUGACAGGGGACAGCAGAGAGACAGAGGAGGUGAUCAAGGUGGAGGCAGAGGAAAUUGAGGGGCCUAGGAAGGAAGAAGAGGUGGUGGGAGUGGUGAGGGGUGGCCAAAGCACAAAGGUGCAGGGGAUUCUGGGCCUAGGGACAAAGUCUGAGGACCAGGCAACCUUGGGCAGAGAGGAGGCCCAGAGAGCCUCAGGCAGGAAGGAGGCUGAGACCACUUCAAGUGGAGAGGAGGCUGAGAACAUUUCAGGUUGGGAGAAGGCUGAGACCACCUCAGGCAGGGAGGAGGCUGAGACUACCUCAGGCAGGGAAAAGGCUGAGAUCACCUCAGGAAGAGGGGAGGCUGAGACUACCUCAGGAAGAGGGGAGGCUGAGAUCAUCUCAGGAAGAGGGGAGGCUGAGAUCGCCCCUGGUGUGGAGGAGUUUAAGACAACUUCAGGAAGGGGGGAAGCGGAGACCACCUCUGGUGUGGAGGAGGGUGACCUCCCAGGAAUCAGGGAGCCAGAAUAUGGGCCAGUCCCAGGAGAAAGGAUCCCAGAGACUGCUGGGAGAGUCUGGGUCCUACAGGAAGCCUCUAAGGGAGACCAGAAGGGAGAGAUGGCUGAGGAGAGAGAGGCAGAGGUGAUUCUUUUCCCCAAACAGUUUGAGGCCCCAGGGGCCGAGAGAGUAGAAGGCAUAGCCGAAGGCCAGAUAGCAGGGAGAGAGGCUGAGGGAGACCUGGGAUCUGAGGAGGCGUCAGGGGAGGGCUUUGGAGUCCAGAGAGAGCCAUGUGGGAAAGAGGCUGAAGGGAGGCAAGACUCUGAGAUCAGGGUGGACGGAGCCGGUCUGGAGGAGGUGGUACAGGCCAACGAUGCCCAGGAGGAGAAAGGGAGUUGCUGGGUCACAGAGGCUGAGCUGCCCCCGGACCAAGAGGCUGGAGGCGACACUGACUUGGAGGUCAGGUCCGAGGAGGAGUCCACAGGUGAGAGGAGUGAGGAGGCCUGGGUGAGACAAGAAGCGUUGGAAAUGGAAUGGGGUGGCCUUAAACCCAAGGUCACCGAAGGUCAGGGACCUGAGCAGAUAGGAGGAACCCAGACCCCAAUAAAGCAACCUGCGGACAGUCAGGGGGGUAGGGGAGAGCUGGGGAGAGUGGCAGCCCCGAGCAAGGAGGAUGCAGAAAGGAGCCCGCAGGGAUAUUCCAAGCAUCUGGGAUAUGGAGUGCCUGAGGUCUCUGAGACAGAAGCUUGGGAAAGCUGGAGGGGGGAUGUGGAGGGAGGAAAUACCCAGGAGGAAAAAGCCAAUGAUGAGGAGGGGGAGGAGGAGGCUGGGGAAGGCCAGGCACUGGAGGCAGUGGCAGAGACUGAGGCCAGCGGAGGUGCAGGGACUGAACCACCAGAGGUCCUGGAGGCAGAUAGGGAGGAGACAGCCAAGGAAACAGUGUAUGGAACAGAGGAGGAAGCGGCCUCUGCCGCAGAGAACCAGGGUCUGGAUGGAAGCUGUGGAACAGAAGCAGGGACAGGCCUGUCAUUGGGAGAGUCAGAUGCCAGGGAAACUAAGGUGGAGGUGGAGGCUGCAGCACCAUGGGAGGCAGACAGAGCACCUAGGAGUGGCUGGGGCCUGGAGGAGGCAGCUCUGAGCCUCCAGGACAGUGAGGACAUGCAGACCACUUCUUUGGCUGCCAAGACUGAGGAGGACAACACAGUCCCAGGAGUAAGGUCUGCUGGUACUGGGGAGGCUUGGGAUGGAGAGCUUGGGAGAAGCUGGGCCUCAGAAGGGAGAGAGGAGGCUGUGGGAGGUGCAGACCUGGUGGAGGCUGAAGAGGGAGAGGACAGAGGCGGGCCGGCGUUUGGCUUGAAGGGCCCAUCAGAGGUGGAGGUGACUAGCAAAGAGGGCCAAGAAGAGUCUCUGGAGGCCAGGGAGGGGGAUCCUGAGGGGUGGCAGGCCGAGGCUGGGGAUCCCGCAGUGGCAGAAGGCAGCUAUGGGAUGGGCUGCUUCACCUGGGACUCUGAGACAGUCAGGUCAGAGGGCGCCGUGGUCACAGUGGAGGCUGAAGGGCCACUAGGAGAGCAGAUGCCGCUAGAAACAGAGGCUGGGGGGUGGCAUGCAGAAGAGCAGGGGGAGGACAGUGAGGAGUCGCACGGGGACCACUGCCUUGAGGGAGAGGCAGACCAGCCCCUUGACUUGGAGAACGUUGAGAUGAUUAGAGGCCAGAGGGUGGAGGCUGAGGACAGUGAGGGGCUGCAUGGGGACCACUGCCUUGAGGGAGAGGUAGGCCUGCCCCUUGACAUGGAGGACACUGAGACAACUGGAGGCCAGAGGGUAGAAGCCAAGGACAGUGAGGGGCUGCUUGGGGACCACUGCCUUGAGGGAGAGGUAGGCCUGCCCCUUGACAUGGAGGACACUGAGACAACUGGAGGCCAGAGGGUAGAAGCCAAGGACAGUGAGGGGCUGCUUGGGGACCACUGCCUUGAGGGAGAGGUGGGCUGGCCCCUUGACAUCGAGGACCUUGAAAUGACUGGAGGCCAGAGGAUAGAGGCCAAGGAGGCUGAUCCAGAAGGCCUGGAGAGCGUCACGAGCCCGGAGGAGCUGCCAAGAAAUGAGGAGGCUGUGCCUGGGCCACGUGGAGAUGUGGAGGCUUCUGAGGCCGCAGGAAGUGCUGGUGGGAAUGCUCACAGCAGCUGGAGUGAGGCCCCGCUCCCUGGGUCCCGCCUGGAUGUCUCGGUCCCGCGAAGCCGUGUGCUCCUCUCACGAAGCUCCUCACAGCGGCGCUCCCGGCCCUCCUUCCGUCGGACCCCUGCCCCUGAGUCGCAGGAGGAGCCCCCUAGUCCUCAGCCUGAGGAGGAGCUGUCAGUCCCUGAGCAGACCCUCCAACUAGAAGAACCCCCGGCACCCUGCCCCCCGAAGCCUGAAGGGACCCCAGUGCCAGCCAGGAGAAGGCCUCUGGGACACGGGUUUGGCCUUGCACACUCUGGCAUGAUGCAGGAACUGCAAGCCCGCCUGGGCCAGCCGAAGCCCCAGUGACUGGGUCCCAGCGUCCAGGAAGGCAGGCCUGGAGGGAGGGUCAGAAGGCUCCAUUGGACCUGCUCACUCAGCACCCUCUGCCGCUCCUUUCCACCGCUGGGCCUCAGUUUCUUGGUGUGUCAUUCGUGAUGCAGGUGGCGUCUGUGAAAACCUUCAACUUAAGGAGUCAGAUUCUCCUGUGCCAGCCGGUGGGCCACCUGUCUCACUGGGAACUGCUGUCACUGGUCCCUGGUUACUCCCUGACCUGUGUCUUAGCCGUUCAGAGGACUGAGAGAGACAGAGACUGUUUUCCCAAUAGCCUGCCUCCUCCCAUGUCCUCUUCCUGCCCUCCUCUCCCCAGUGCUCCAAGCCCUCAGAGCAGGAGUAACGCCACCUCUGGGGUUGAAGCCAGCCCAAAGGAAAGGACUGAGGAGGCCUACGGAGCACCACCUGGACUCGGGGUGACGGGCAGCGGAUUGCUGCCUCGAGUUUCCAAAGCAAUCAUUCAGCCUCAAAGCUUUACUGGUUACUAUGGCAACUGCCAGCUGAGCAGGCCAGAUGGGGAAAGGUAGGCCUCCCUUUCCUCCUCAACUGUGUAGGAGGGAAGGGAGGUUCAGGGUGGCCAGAGGGUGCCAACUCCUUUGCAGGCUGUCCUACCCUUUUGGUGGCAGGCCCCUCUUCUCUGAAAAGAAGCUGAAGCAGAGAGAGGGGGAGCGUGCUUUAUUUAGCACCCAGCAUGGUGACCUCACCCGGGGAUGGUUAGUAGGCCCCCAAACAAUAAAUAAAUCAUUAUCUGCCUAAACAAUAAAUAAAUAUCCAAGAAAUAAAUACCUGGCAAGGACUGGAGGGCCCUUAAGUUAUUGCAUAGGUCUGGGACUGGGGGCCAAUAAGAGUUCUGCCUUGUUUAAGGCAAGUGAGUUGGAAUCUGCCCUGUUGGUUAAGACUGGAGUCCUUGGACCAGCAGAUGGAGUCAUGGUUACAUCGCCGGACUCCCACAUAGUUGACUGUGGUUUGAGUCCUGGAUCUGGCAGCUUAAAACUCAUGGCGUGCGCACGUGCCCAAAAUCCCAA